GGGGCGGGGCUCCGCCCGGCUGAGCCGCUGCAGCUGGUGGUCUGAGGAAGCCGAGGCGCGGGGCCCGAAGCCGAGAGGAACCUGGACGGCGUCGGGCGCGAGGGCGGGCGUCCCCGGAGUCGUAGCGCGGGAGUCGGCCGCCGGCACUCGGCCUCCCUACUUGCAGGUUCCCUCCGGGGACACGGGAGAGCCCGGAGCGCGGCGGGGGUGCGAGGUGGAGCAGGCGGGGGCGGCCAAUGCGAAACUGGCUGGUGCUGCUGUGCCCGUGUGUGCUCGGGGCCGCGCUGCACCUCUGGCUGCGGCUGCGCUCCCCGCCGCCCGCCCGCGCCUCGGGGGCCGGCCGGGCAGAUCAGUUGGCCUUACUUCCCCAGUGGAAAUCUAGUCAUUAUGAUGUGGUAGUUGGUGUGCUGUCAGCCCGCAAUAACCAUGAACUUCGCAAUGUGAUAAGAAGCACCUGGCUGAAGCAUUUAGUACAACACCCAGCAUUAAGUCAACGUGUGCUUGUGAAGUUCAUAAUAGGUGCUCAUGGCUGUGAGGUGCCUGUGGAAGACAGGGAAGAUCCUUAUUCCUGCAAACUACUCAACAUCACGAAUCCAGUUUUGAAUCAGGAAAUUGAGGCGUUCAGUCUUUUGGAAGACACUUCAUCAGGGCUCUCUGAGGACCGAGUUGUCAGCGUGAGCUUCCGAGUUCUCUAUCCAAUCGUUAUUACCAGCCUCGGGGUGUUUUACGAUGCCAAUGAUGUGGGUUUCCAGAGGAACAUCACCGUCAAGCUUUAUCAAGCAGAACAGGAGGAGGCCCUCUUCAUUGCUCGCUUCAGUCCUCCGAGCUGUGGUGUGCAGGUGAACAAGCUGUGGUACAAGCCUGUGGAGCAGUUCAUCUUACCAGAGAGCUUUGAAGGUACAAUCGUGUGGGAGAGCCAAGACCUCCAAGGCCUUGUGUCAAGAAAUCUCCACAAAGUGACAGUCAAUGAUGGGGGAGGAGUUCUCAGAGUCAUAACAGCUGGGGAGGGUGCCUUGCCUCAUGAAUUCAUGGAAGGUGUGGAGGGAGUUGCAGGUGGCUUUCUUUAUACUAUUCAGGAUGAGAAUGCUGAGGCCCAGAAACGCGUGACUCGUCCAGUGCCUCACCGACAGGGGCAGAGGUAGAAAUCAGACACAGGCCCUCGGCCCUCACACCCAGUCUUGCUGUUCAGUCACGGAGAGCGGACGGCUGGGUUACAUCUCGGUUUCUCUCCCCCACCCCUCAGCCACUCACUCGUUUAGUUUUCAGAAAUUUUCUAAUUUGAGACAGCUGAGAAAAUCCUGCGCUAGUGAUAGGAUUGCUGCCAUAUUUGAGGACAGUCCCUGCACAGAUGUGACAAAUGAUCCGUGAGCUUGUGAGGUGGUAAUUAAAAUGUCUUCUAAGCACAUUGGUCAUAAGUCUUAUAUAAAAUAUCAUCAAUAAACCAAAAAUAGAGAGUGCUAUAAGAAACACCCAUGUACUUGUUGCUCAGAUGUUUGCAUUUUGUCAUAUUUGCUUCCUUUCUUUGUUUUCAGAGAAAUAAGGCGUUACAGAUACAGUUGAAGCCCCUUCCCUCCCAGUACUUCCUACCCCCCGUUCCUCUCCCUUCCCCUUGGACAGGAGACCACUGUCCUGAAACUCAUGUGUACGCUUCCCAUUCUUAUUUUUCUACUUUCUACUACAUGCAUGUGUAUACAACUUGUAAUAACAUACAGUUUUGAUUAAAGUAUUUUAUAAUUUAUACCUGUGGUAUCACAUUGUAUAUAUCAGUUGGCAAGAUACUUUUUCUCACUCAGCAUUAUUUUUUAGUGCCAUUCCUCUAAACAUCCAAGAUCAGGUUAAUUUUUUUAAAAAUUUGUUUUAUUGAAGUAUAGUUGAUUUACAAUGUUGUUAGUUUCUACUG